AUGGUUGAAAAGCUCCGGCGUGAUCGCAUCAACACCUGUAUCGAGCAGCUCAAGUCUCUGCUGGGCCCAGAGUUUCUCCGACAGCAGCCCUCCUCUAAGCAGGAGAAAGCAGACGUCCUGGAGAUGACGGUGGCGUACCUCCAGGCCUGGCAGCAGAGCGGCCCCAAAGCCCCAGUCUCCAGGAAGAGCUCGGGGGACGGAUACAGCCGCUGUGUGCAGGAGGCCGUCAGCUUCCUGUCCCACUGUGAGCAGACGCAGGCUCACACACGCCUGCUCGGACACUUCCAGGGAGCAGGGGCCAAGAGUCCCCCUACCACCCCCCCACGCUCCCCUCUGCACAAGGACCACUGCAAGGUCCAGAGCAACGGGCUCUGGAGGCCCUGUGUCACGGACCACAAGGCGGAAACAAGUCCUCCAGUCACGCCCAGUGAUGAAGAUUCUGGUGAAGAGUCGUCUGUCUAUGUGGAUGAAGACUGUGUCCUUCAGGUGGAUGAAGACUGUGUCCUUCAGGUGGAUGAAGAUCGCUCUGCCUCAGAGCUUGUGGACUUUGCUUCGUUAGAAGCGUCUCUGGUUCCUCUGGGACAGAGCAUGUUGUUUUUUCCCAUCAGCCCCUCUGUCAGCCGCCACCAGACACACCCGCCCCACGGCAGGCACGCCUCCAGAAUGAGCCAACUCUCAUUCAAACUUUUCUUUAGUGGUUUGGAGUUUGGCCGGCCCAGGACUUUCUCAGGCUCUGAGUGUCCGCAGCAGCUGUCGCUCGCCGCCUCCCCUCCCUCAGUCCCUCUCUCCCUCCCUCCCUCACCCCCCCCUCCCACUCUCCUCAGAGUGAGUGAGUGUGGGAAACUGGAGAUAGCAAACUCACAACUGCAGCGCUCUGUAAACUUUUAUGACAGGUUCAAAGCUGCGGCUGUGGGGGGGGGACACUUUGCACUCCCCCUCAGCGCUCCCCCAGAGACUGAAGACGCUGAUGUGUCGAACCUAACCAACACAGAAAACAGGCUCACAUCAGACAGGAGACACGCGCUCACAGCUCGCGCUUUCACACCUGUGGGGCACGUGCCCUUUGAUCCGGCCUCGUGCCACAGAAGGGGGUCCGAGCGCAGGUGUCCCGCGUGGAGGCGUCCCGCAUGCGCGGCUCAGUGGGAGCUCGCGCCUUCACACCUCAGUGCGCGCGCUCAGGAUGUCACACACGAGGCCGUAAAGUUCCGCCACUUCCAGCCGCGCGCGUCCGCCGCCUCAUCACUGCUGCACGCGACUGAGAUGGCUCCUUACAGCUUUUCUACUCUGCACCAAACCAGGACCGAGAGGGAUCCCAUCAAAUUGAGGAAACCUAUAGUAGAAAAGAUGCGUCGAGACCGGAUCAACAGCUGCAUCGAGCAGCUGAAGGUCCUUCUGGAGAAGGAGCUGCGCCGCAAAGGCUGCCCCAAACUGGAGAAGGCCGACGUGCUGGAGAUGACCGUGUGCUGCCUCAAGCAGCAGCUGCAGGGACACACGGGCCCCAGCGCCUUUGGGACGUCCCACAUGGAGGACCACAGAGUAGCCAACAUGGAGGUUCAACCAGAGGCCCUCAGACCUCACAUGGAUCUCCCUGGUGCAUCCCAAAAGGAGGUGCACACACUCCCUCAGACCUGGCUUCAGGGCUCAUCUAGCAGUCUACAGCAAACAGACACUGCUCCCAACAGCGCCCCCAUGUGGAGGCCCUGGUGA